GUAUAUAUAGCUGGUUUAGGGAGUCUACCAAUCAGAGCGAAGGGGUCCUCUUGCGUGUAGUGUGAAAGGUCGCUACGGCCACCGGCUUUUACCUUCCCCUCAUCCGCCAGCCGCCGUUCCCUCUUUCGGAUCUCGCAGCAAUGGCGGAGCAACAGCAGUUCCAUCUCUUACUGGGCAACCUGAUGAGCCCCGACAACGGCAUCAGGAAGCAGUCGGAGGAGACGUACGACAACAUACCUGGUCAGACAAAGAUCACGUUCCUGCUACAGGCCAUCCGUGAUGCAUCUGCCACAGAGGAGGUCAAGCAGAUGGCAGCGGUGCUGUUGAGGAGGCUACUGUCGUCAUCAUUUGACGAGAUCUAUCCCGGCCUGCCGGCAGACAUGCAGACGGCCAUUAAGAGUGAGCUGCUAGUUGGCAUCCAGGCUGAGGGCUCUCCCACGAUCCGCAAGAAGGUGUGCGACAUCGCAGCGGAGCUCUCUCGCAAUCUCAUCGAUGACGAUGGGAACAACCAGUGGCCCGAGAUUCUGAAGUUCCUGUUCGACGCCGUCAACUCGCCGGACGUCGGCCUGCGAGAAUCUGCUCUGCACAUCUUCUGGAACUUCCCAGGAAUAUUUGGCAACCAGCAGCAGCACUACCUGGAGGUGAUCAAGCGUAUGCUGGUGCAGUGCAUGCAGGACCAGGAGAACCCGACGAUCCGCACCCUGGCCGCCCGAGCCGCGGCCUCCUUCGUCCUCUCCAACGAGAAUAACACAGCCUUACUCAAGCACUUCUCCGACCUGCUCCCCGGCGUCCUUCAGGCAGUGAACGAGUCGUGCUACCGGGGAGAUGACUCUGUGCUCAAGUCCUUAGUGGAGAUUGCGGACACGGCUCCCAAGUACCUGAGACCCAACUUGGAGGCCACACUGCAGCUCAGCCUGAAGCUCUGCGCUGACACUAGUCUGAGCAACAUGCAGAGGCAGCUGGCCCUGGAGGUGAUCGUCACGCUCUCGGAGACGGCGGCCGCCAUGCUCCGAAAGCACACCAGCAUCGUGGCUCAGAGCGUCCCACAGAUGCUGGCCAUGAUGGUGGAUUUGGAGGAUGAUGAGGAAUGGGCAAUGGCAGACGAACUGGAGGAUGAUGAUUUUGACAGCAACGCCGUGGCUGGUGAGAGCGCCCUGGAUCGCAUCGCUUGCGGCCUGGGCGGGAAGAUCGUCCUCCCAAUGAUCAAGCAGCACAUCAUGCAGAUGCUGCAGAAUCCUGACUGGAAGUACCGCCACGCUGGCCUCAUGGCCCUCUCGGCAAUAGGGGAGGGCUGCCACCAGCAGAUGGAAUCCAUCCUUAACGAGAUCGUCAGCUUUGUGCUUCUCUUCUGUCAAGAUCCUCAUCCCCGGGUCCGUUAUGCUGCCUGCAAUGCAAUCGGACAGAUGGCCACAGACUUUGCCCCAACCUUCCAGAAGAAGUUUCACGAUAAGGUCAUCUCGGCCCUGCUUCAGACCAUGGAGGACCAGUCCAACCCACGUGUGCAGGCCCACGCGGCAGCUGCUCUCAUCAACUUCACAGAAGAUUGCCCCAAGUCCCUACUUGUUCCUUAUCUAGACAACCUGGUGCAGCACCUUCAUACUAUCAUGGUCGCCAAACUGCAGGAGCUGAUCCAGAAAGGCACCAAGCUGGUCCUGGAGCAAGUGGUGACGUCCAUCGCAUCCGUGGCCGACACGGCGGAGGAGAAAUUCGUGCCGUACUACGACCUUUUCAUGCCCUCGCUGAAGCACAUCGUCGAGAACGCCGUGCAAAAAGAGUUGCGUCUGCUGAGAGGGAAGACCAUCGAGUGCAUCAGCCUCAUCGGACUGGCUGUGGGCAAGGAGAAGUUCAUGCCUGAUGCCGCAGCCGUCAUGCAGCUGCUUCUGAAGACCCAGACAGACUUCAACGACUUGGAAGAUGACGACCCACAGAUUUCAUACAUGAUCUCAGCAUGGGCCAGAAUGUGCAAGAUCCUUGGGAAGGAGUUCCAGCAGUAUCUCCCUGUGGUCAUGGGGCCCCUCAUGAAAACUGCUUCCAUCAAGCCUGAGGUGGCCCUUCUAGACACCCAGGAUAUGGAGAACAUGAGCGAGGAUGAUGGUUGGGAGUUUGUCAACCUUGGUGACCAGCAAAGCUUUGGCAUAAAGACUGCAGGAUUGGAAGAGAAGGCCACAGCCUGCCAGAUGCUGGUGUGUUAUGCUAAAGAGCUGAAAGAAGGUUUUGUAGAAUACACGGAGCAGGUUGUGAAAAUGAUGGUCCCACUGCUGAAGUUCUACUUCCACGAUGGUGUGCGAGUAGCGGCGGCGGAGUCCAUGCCCCUGUUACUGGAGUGUGCACGCGUCAGGGGACCUGAAUACCUCACCCAGAUGUGGCACUUCAUGUGUGAUGCCCUUAUCAAGGCCAUUGGCACAGAACCAGACUCUGACGUCCUGUCUGAGAUCAUGCAUUCUUUUGCUAAGUGCAUUGAAUUGAUGGGAGAUGGCUGCCUUAACAAUGAGCACUUUGAAGAGCUGGGUGGCAUCCUGAAGGGCAAGCUGGAGGAGCACUUUAAGAACCAGGAGCUUAGACAAGCCAAGCGGCAGGAUGAAGAUUAUGAUGAACAGGUAGAAGAAACCUUACAGGAUGAGGAUGAAAAUGACGUGUACAUCCUAACAAAGGUGUCCGACAUCCUGCACUCGGUCUUCAGCAGUUACAAAGAGAAGGUUCUGCCCUGGUUUGAGCAGCUCCUACAGCUCAUAGUCAACCUUAUUUGUCCACACAGGCCCUGGGCCGACCGGCAGUGGGGGCUCUGCAUAUUCGAUGACGUGGUGGAGCACUGCAGUCCCUUGUCCUUCAAGUACGCAGAGUACUUUCUGCAGCCCAUGCUCCAGUCGCUGUGUGACCCCAGUCCUGAGGUGCGGCAGGCAGCCGCUUAUGGGGUGGGCGUCAUGGCACAAUUUGGCGGGGAGAGCUACAGGACCUUCUGCACAGAGGCCAUUCCUCUGCUGGUGGGUGUGAUUCAGGCAGCCAACUCGAAGGCUAAAGAAAACAUCAAUGCCACAGAGAACUGUAUCUCCGCUGUUGGCAAGGUGAUGAAGUACAGACCGGAGUGUGUCAACGUCAAUGAGAUCCUGCCUCAUUGGCUGUCUUGGCUACCACUCAACGAAGACAAAGAGGAAGCUGUGCACACCUUCAACUUCCUGUGUGACCUCAUUGAAAGCAACAAUCCGAUCAUCCUCGGACCUGACAACUCGAAUCUUCCCAAGAUAUUUUCUAUCAUCGCAGACGGCGUCGUCAGUGAGUCAAUCAAACGUGAAGAUGGGUGUAGCAAACGGCUGGCAAAUGUCGUCCGUCAAGUACAGGUGUCCGGAGGACUGUGGACGGAAUGUGUAUCGACACUGAAUGAGACGCAGCAGAAGGCUAUUCAGGACCUGCUCAACGCUGCUUGAAAAAUCCUCUGCCAUCUAAACAUGGACAUCCUAGCUCCCGACGAUCCUCUCCACUCCUCCAUGGCGCUCCUUCCUUUCCCGAGCAAUGAACUGUAGCAUGCGUGGAUUUGCCGUGCAGCGAGCUCCCCCCCAGCCUGCUGUGGGCUCUGGGUCUGUGCUUGUCGCUUUGAGGUCCCACAAAGGACCCCAAGACACAAGCACCCUGCAGUACUGACACUUUAGAGUAUUUUUGUAUUGGAGCGGCGCCCUCAUUUGGUGAAAGGGAAAGAACCUGUCAUCCAUUUUACAGUUAGGUAUAAUGAAUUUCUAGUAUUUGGAUUUCUCUCCUUCCAGAUCAGUUAUGUAGGUGUGCAUUGUAACAGCCUGAUGCGUUUCUGUUCACCUAGUGUAAUCUGUACUAAACUGCGUUGCGGUAGAGAGCUGCUUGUCUCCGGUUUCACAGGACUGGUUUGAGGACCUUCUAGAAGUGCGCGUGUGUGGUUUGGGGGGACACCCACCACCUAUGUCACAUUGGCUCCCCC